AUGGGGCGCGCUGCUACCGUCAUCCAGCGCUUCGCCCGCGGCUACCUGGCGCGCGUCCACUUCCGCGGCUCGGUCGCCGCCGUCGUCACGCUGCAGGCCGGCGCCCGCGGCCUGCUCGCACGCAGCCGCUUCUGCCACCUGUGGCGCGAGCGCGCGGCGCUGGUGGUGCAGACGGCGUGGCGGCGCCACAAGCUGCGUGAGGAGUACAAGCACGCGCACACCCUGGUGGUCGCGGUGCAGGCGCUCUGGCGCGGGCGGCAGGCGCGGACGCAGUACGACCUCAUGCGGCGCGAGCGCGCGGCCAUGGUCAUGCAGUCCAACUGGCGGCGCUGGGUGGCGGCCUCCGGCUUCACGCAGCAGCGCGAGGCGGCCACCACGCUGCAGAACGCCUGGAGGGUCAAGGUGGCGCGCUCCGCCCUGCGCGCGCUCAAGACCGAGGCGCGCGAGGCCGGGAAGCUGCUGGAGGACAAGAAGGCACUGGAGGGCAAGCUCAAGGAGAUGGAGGGCACGCUGGAGCUGGUGCAGGGGCAGCGCAACGAGCUGCGGCAGGAGGUCAAGGACGCCAAGGCGGCGCUGGCGGAGGCGGAGCGGCGGAUGGCGGACCUCGCCGCCGAGCGCGCUGCCGCGGUGUCCGCUGCGGGCGCGGCGGCCGCCGCGGAGCUGGCCGCCCUGCGCGGCGCCAACGCGGACGCAGAGGCCAAGACCGCGGCCCUGCUGUCUGAGCUGGAGGGCGCACGGGACAAGCUCAGCGCAGAGAAGGGCGAGCUGGCUAAGAAGCUCGGGGUGGCGCAGGACUACAUCCAGCGCCUCAUGGUGGAGAAGGCUGACCUGGACAAGAGGUUCAACGGCAUGAAGGACGAGCUCAUCACGCGGCUGCAGAACGCCUGCGCCCAGCGCGACGAGGCGCGCGCGCAGGUGCGGCUGCUCACCCCACACCCGCAACUUAGCCUGCGUGCCUGGAUCCCCAGCCCACCGUUGCGCUGUGGCCUGGAUGCGACCGCUCCCUCUCUGUCAAUAGAUGUUUUAGAUGUUGCACUGGGCUGA